AUGCCGCUCCCUGCGCUGCUCUGCGCGCUUUGCUUCUGCUUCUUGGCCGCGGCCGCUCGUGCCGGCUACUCGGAGGACCGCUGCAGCUGGAGGGGCAGCGGCCUGACCCAGGAGCCCGGCAGCGUGGGACAGCUCGCCCUGGCCUGUGCGGAGGGCGAGAUCGAGUGGCUGUACCCGGCCGGGGCGCUGCGCCUCACCCUGGGCGGCUCCGAGCCCGGCGCGCAGCCCGGCAUCGUCUGCCUGCGGCCGGCGCGGCCCUUCGCAGGCGCCCAAGUCUUCGCGGAGCGGGCGGGCGGCGCGCUAGAGUUGCUGCUGACCGAGGGCCCGGGCCCAGCCGGGGCCCGAUGCGCGCACUGGGGUCCUCGUGAGCGCCGGGCCCUUUUCCUGCAGGCCACCCCGCAUCCCGACCUCAGCCGCCGCGUGGCCUCCUUCAGCUUCGAGCUGCGGGAGGAUGGGCGUCCUGAGCUGGCCCCGCAGGCCCGCAGCCUUGGAGCGGAUGCUGCCUGCAGACCCUGCAGUGAUGCCGAGUUCCUCCUGGCCGUGUGCACCAGUGACUUUGUGAUCUACGGAACCAUCCUCGGGGUCGCCCACGACACAGAGCUACAGGAAUCUGUCAUUACCGUGGCAGCUGCCUGCGUCCUCCGCCAGACACUGCCGGUUUUCCGGGUGGGAGGCCCCGGGGGCCAGGGGCAGGCCUCCAUUCGCACCCCACUGCACUGUGGCGUGCACCCCGGCCCUGGCACCUUUCUCUUCAUGGGCUGGAGCCGCUUUGGUGAGGCCUGGCUGGGUUGCCUGCUCACGCUNGCUCCCCGCCUCCAGGAAUUCAGCCGUGCCUAUGCAGCUGCUCACGCUGACCACCUGCACCCCUGCGAGGUGGCGCUAGACUGACAGGCCUGGGGAGCAGGGUGCUGGGGAGGGUGGAGGGUGGCCUGCGGACGGCAUCACAGCGUCACCUGCUUUUGAGGUAACAGUGAUGACCAAUAAGAGCGCUGAAUGGAUGAGCCAGUGUGCAUAUGGUCCCCAGCCCAGGCCGCCUCACUCCGUUCUCUCCUCCCACAGCCUUGGGGGCUGCGUGCCACGCAGCCCAUGCCUGGGGGAGGGGCUGCUGCUGGGGGGGCACACAGGGACCCUCUCUCACGUGACCCUCGGUUUGCUGUCCCAAUGCCAGGUGCUUCUACCACUCAGAGUGGGAGUGAAAAGGGGCCAUACCCCCAAGGUCUCAGGUGGGCAGGCAGGCGGCCCCACUUUCCACCCUGAGGGAAGGGGCUGCGGUUUGGCAACCUGCUGACUUCCCCAAGUGGUGUGCCGCAAGCCCAGCAGUCACCCUACCCCCCCCCCACCCAUGAGGAAGAAUGGGCCUCUGUCCCCAGGCCCCUCUGAUGUGCCCCCCAUAGCUGUGGGGUCUCUCCUGCAGGGGUCCUAUUUGUUGCCCAUUUCUGGUGGGUGGGGGCACACAAUGGGGUCUCUUAAAGACCAUUUCCCCCGCCUCUACUCAGUGGCCUAGUUGUUGUUGCCCUGGACCACACGGAAGGCCCUGAUGCUGAAAGGCCCCGGUGCUGGGCAGGGGGUGGGGAGAAGAGAGGGGAGUGGGGGGCUGUGCAUGGGGGACUUUGGAAGCUGGAAUGAGCUGGCUCUGCUGACCCAGUCCCAUAGCUCGUGUCUGGGGGGGAUUCCUGGGCUGAGCCCCAGAAACAACUUUCCUGGCAGUCCUAACUGGAGAAGCAACCCUGCCAUCCUGCCAGCAGGAACUGAGGCUGGGAGGGGAGCAAGGUUCCUCGGGGUGCCUGCUGCCGGACUCAGCUGGUGUCAGUGCCUCGUGUGGCCACACCCUGUGUGGACAGCACGUCACUUCAGUGGCCGCUCUGGAGUUUCCGUGGGGCAGACUGUCUAAGGCUACAGUGUCGGGGGGACCUACUUCUUCACUUGGAUGGGCCAAUUGCUGAGGGGACUGCUGAGAAUUGUGAGGGGGAGUACAGUCACCCUGGAGGGCAAGCGCCCCUGGGUUCCUGCCACCUCUGCUGUUCUUAAGGCUCCUUGCGGAGCCUCUUGCUCCCCCAGACUCAGACUGGCAACCCCAGAUUGCUCGGGGCUCAGGCCCCAGAUCUCCUCUUCGAGUACAUCCCAAGUACAUUCAGAGCGAGGCCAGCCUUCUGCCUUUAAAUACCACCAACAUGCUGAUGACCCCACAUUUGGAUCUCCCAUGGACCUCUCUCCUCGACCAGACCCUUGUAUACCUGUUUCCCUCCCCUCCAACAGGGAGUAUCUCAGUAAAGACCAGAGGAGAAGGA